AUGCCUUCACGCCUGGGUAUCAGCACCAUGUCGCUCGGCCGAUGCUGGGCUGGACACUCCUUUGAGCACAAGAUGGACAUGGCAGCAAAGUACGGCUACCAAGGCAUCGAGCUCUGGCACGAGGACCUCAUGGACGUCGCCGAGCAGCUGCCUGGCGGUGCCGCCCUCCUCGAGAACCAGAUCGCCGCCUCCAAGAUUGUCAAGAGGAUGUGCGACGUCCGCAACAUUGAGGUCAUCUGCCUCCAGCCCUUCCAGCACUUUGAGGGCCUCGUCGACCGCGAACAACACGCCCGCAGGGUCGAGGAGCUGCGCGUGUGGAUCCAGCUCGCCCACGUCCUGGACACCGACCUCAUCCAGAUCCCCAGCAACGUCCUGCCCGCCGAACAGGUCUCUGAGGAUCUCGAGCUUCACAUCGCGGACCUCGCUGAGGUUGCCGACAUCGGUGCCGCCUCCAACCCGCCCAUCCGCUUCUCAUAUGAGAGCCUGUCGUGGGGCACCAGAGUCGACGUAUGGGAGACGUGCUGGGAGGUCAUCCAGCGGGUCGACAGGCCCAACUUCGGAAUGUGCCUCGACACCUUUAACAUUGCCGGCCGCAUCUUUGCCGACCCCUGCGCCGCCUCGGGCAGGACAGAAGACGCCGAGCAGGCGGUCAAGGACUCCAUCCAGAGGCUCCUCACGACCGUGGACGUCUCCAAGAUCAUCUACGUGCAGGUCGUCGACGCCGAGCGCCUCGCCGAGCCGCUAUGCCCGACGCACCCUUAUUAUAAUGCCGAGCAGCCGUCCCGCAUGUCCUGGUCAAGAAACUGCCGUUUGUUUUACGGCGAGUAUUCAAGGGGAGCGUAUCUCCCCGUCCGCGAGAUCUGCGCGGCCAUCUUCCAGGGCCUGGGUUUCGAGGGUUGGGUCAGCUUCGAGCUGUUCAACAGGAGGAUGUCGGAGGAGGACCAUGACGUACCCGAGGAGCUCGCCAAGAGAGGAGCCGUGGCCUGGAGCAAGCUGGUAAGGGAUAUGAAGCUAAGAGUGGAAGAGCCUUCGACGGCCGUGACGGCGUCGCUUUAG